UUAAACAAAUAUCUGAUGAACGUGUACAAGGCAUUUCCAGAAAUGUUUGCUGCUAUUGGAAAAAGCAAGUCUGGCUAUAUAAACAAUGAGCUUUUAUAAGAAUAUAAAUAUCAAAAACUCAUUUAGAAAAUUUGGCAUCUAUCCCUUAAACACAGAACCCCCAGAUUACUGCAAACCACUAAAAAAGGUUGAGCAUUCAAGCGAGGUGUUUUUGCUUGAAGGUGAAAGAUGGAAAGGUGAAACGAAACAUCAAGUAGAUCCCAUUCAGAAAGUAAAUGCUAGGACUCAAACCUUAUCUGAUAAAUAUUGCACUAAUCUUAUAGAAUCACUGGGAGCAGGCACAACUUUAAAGUUAUGUUCAUUUGGAUGCGAUGACUUGGUCAUUGAGUGUUCUCGUUUAGAAUCAUUGCGUUUUAUCACUAGAGAAAAAUGAUUAAUCAUUUACAAAAAAGAAAUGCAGAUAUCAACGAGCCCUGUAGAUGAAAGAAGCCA